AUGGCAGUCACUCACGACUCACCAACUGAUGGGCUUUACAGAUGCGAGCCAUGCCGAGAUCGCAAGGUCAAGUGUAACAGAGUGUUUCCUAGUUGUGGGCGUUGCAUCCGCCUGGGCUUCACGUGCUCGUAUCGUGACCGCAUCAGCCAACGCGCGACUCAGUCGGCCAUUAUAUCGCACCUCCAGGAGCGGGUCAGAAAACAGGAAGCUUUGCUUGCGUUGCAGUCAGCUGCGAACAAGCCACCUUCAGUCACCUUGAUGACGACGCAAGCGCCCUCUCCGUCCAUCACAUCGCCGUCUCCACAUUCCGGACCGUCACCCAGCGCAUGUGUGGAAAAGCAGCGGGCUGACAGCGGUGCCGGCUCAGCCAUGGCCGAGUACAACGCCGCCUGGUUCGCGGGGACCACGUUUGAUGAUUCACUGGGUUCGAUGCCGACAACCAUAGACUGGGAUAUGGAAAUCAUGUCUAUGCGCCCUGAUGGCGCCCACAUUACCGAGGACUGGUUAGCAUCCACAACAUCGGGCCAACCCCUCCUUUCAACCCCUCCAGCCAUCAUCGCUGCUAAAGAUAUGGACGAGCUCCACGCAAUCUUCUUCGCCCGCAUUCACCCCGUCAUGCCCAUCAUCAACGAGGGCCAGUUUCGCAAAGAUUUGCAAGAUUCGCCUCAUGCUGUGGCUGUGCAGAGCGUGAGCUGUACAGCCGCCCUCCUAGCGACCACGGUGCCAGAGGCGCAAGCGUCGCUCAAGCAGUCCUGUUAUGUUCUCGCAAGGUAUUAUGUUGACCAAUGUGAAGCUGAAGAGGGCUUCCACCCCAGUUGGUGCAUGCAUUUUCUUCGCGCUCUGUUAUUCCUCACCCGCUUUGAGAUCAACAACCGGAGCUGUGCGCGUGCGUGGCUCACUUUGGGACGUGCCAUCCGCCUUGCCAAAAUUAUGCGAUUGGACCAGAUAGAUUGCGCAAAUGAGCCGCUUUUCCCCAAUGUGAGCUUGCCCGAGAUAGUGUCCCCUGCGGCGCAGACUGCUGUCGAGCUCGAGGAGCGGCGGCGGUGUCUAUGGGCUCUGUAUAUUCUCGAAGGUCUUGCCUCGAUAUAUACAGGAACACCAGGAUUGCUUGAUGAAUCGAGGCUCCAGGUAUCGCUGCCAUCGCCAGGCGAGCUAGACAAGGAUUUCCAGUCAUCAUCUUUGCCACAUCUUGGCGAGGCGCAUACUAUCGCCAAGUCCGAGAUACUCUCACCUUUCUGCGGACUAGUCUUGGUUGUUUCGGUCUUGCGCAAAGUCAUCUACCACACCUCGCAGCCGUCAUUACCGUCAUCGACAUCCGGUUUCGGAUACUCGUGCAACUUACCCGGUUUCUGGGAUCGGCAUUUUUCUUUGCUCAGAAUUCUAAAGGUAGUUGAGGCUCUAAUUGAGCCUCUGUCUCUCUCACGAACCCUGAGAUCUUGUGCCGUUGCCUUCAAUCUCCAUCUAGUCUUUCACGCUGUGAAGGUCAAUCUAUACGAGGCCGCGAUUGAUGAGAGUGAGCGACAAGAGUUACCAUUUACUGAAAUAGACACGAACAUGGACCAGCUCACUUCUAAUGCGCUCAAAAUCGCUACUGCAUGUGAUAAUUUGUCUCUCAGCGGAGCAUUCGUUGGCUGGCCACUUUACACCGCUAUCAAGGCUCUUAGUCGUGGCGCAUCCCCCGACCAGUCAAAUCCAAGAGCAAGUGCUAUUCGCAUAUUGUACGACUCAUUAGACGACGUUGAGCCAUCGGAUGGAGCGUGGCAUAGGCUUCUGUCACAGUCGUGUCCCUCACCACGACCAUAG